AUGCAACUAGAAACACUCACAAGAACUCAACAAGAGCUAUCUCGAGCAGCAGAGAACCUCAACAGCCUCACGCAAGACGAGCUGGAAGGGAUGGAAAGACUCAUCAACGCAGAUUGGGCGGAAACGCUCAGUGUGCAUGCCAGCCUGAGCGAAGAGUUACCCCCCACCCAUGACUAUAUCAGCGGAGGGGCAUUCAGGCAGGCAGCAGAUUUGAAGGUCAACUGUAUGAGGAUGAUCUUCCAUCAGAUGGGAGAACUAAAGCAGAGCAAAUCAACGCCAAACCCAUCGACGCAAAGCCAACCUCACCAAUUGAAGAGGAUAAGCCUCCGUACAUUCGACGGAAAAUACUCGGAGUGGAAGCAAUUCAGCGACCUCUUCCAGUCACUGGUAGGGAAGGAUGAAACGAUCCCUCCAGUGCAGAAAUUGGUCAGACUGAAGGAAGCCCUCAAAGGACAAGCAGCAAGCCUCCUAGCUACCUUUACAGUCACCGACGAAAAUUAUGAGAAGGCAUGGCAGAAGUUGGCAAGGAAAUAUGAGGACCCCAGAGUCAUAGCACAAGCACUAUUCAAUCGGAUCCUCAACUUGCCAAAAAUCACCAAGGCAAACGAAGAGAACCUCAACGCCAACGCCGCAUCAGUCCUCGAAACGAUGGACCAACUGCUUGCCAUGACGGGACUGGAAAAGAAAGACCUCUUCGAGCAAAUGGCAGUUCAUCUACUGAGAAAAUCUCUAGAUUCAGAGACCCUCAGAGCCUGGGAGCUGAAAGUUGGAACCUCCAAGGAAUUCACCACGCUCCAGGAAUUUGCAAACUUUGUAGAGACCUGUGGUAGAGGAAUCAACGUUGGUUCCAAGCUCCAUGCUAGCAUAGGACACUCCCAGUUAACAUCAUCUCCAGCCCCUCAACGAAAGAGGAGUGUCCACGUCGCCGUUACAGCACAAAGCGAAGCAGACUCAACUAGAGGAGCACCAAGGAACAGCUGUGCCUUCUGCGAAGAGCCACAUUUCAUAGCCAACUGCAAGAAAUUCACCGACCUGACUCCAGCACAGAGAAAUGACGUCGUCGUGAGUAAGAGGCUAUGUUUCAACUGCCUUGGUCCACACCUCGUCGCCAAGUGCAAGUGCGUGAAAACGUGCUUCACUUGCAAUCGAAGACACCACACACUCAUCCACGGAGGCAGCCCAUACACCAUGGACCCGCUCCCAGUGGAAACAUCAGGACUCGAGAGAGUCAUUCCACCAACAGUCGGAGCAUCAAGGGCAACUGGAUCUACAGAGAGCACGACAGUCAGUAACAAUCAGGUGGUCAAAGAGAACUCAGAGAUACUCAACAAGGAGAGCAGCCAGCAAACAGUAGAUCAACAAUAUGUACUGCUCGCAACAGCUCAAGCAUUAGCACACUCACCAAAGGGGUAUUCACUUCAGACAAGAAUACUGAUCGAUCAAGGAUCAGAAAUAUCAUUUGUUACUGAGCACCUAGUCCAGCAACUUCAACUUCAACGAAGGUCCUCAACUCUAGAACUCACCGGAAUAGGAGGAACAAAUUCCGGUCAUACGAGAGGAAUUGUAUCAAUACCUCUCCAGGCAGUAAAUGGGCUCCAGCAAGUUCUAAUCAACGCCCACAUCCUCAAGAAGCUCACUGUCAAGCUGCCGACAUUCUCACUGCCAUUAACAAGGAUCGAAGCCAUUCAAGGUCUUCAACUAGCCGAUCCACAAUAUCUAACACCUGGACCAAUAGACAUCAUCAUCGGGGCUGACAGCUACGGGCGGAUCAUCGAGAGUAGAGUCGUCAAGACCAAGGACACUCAACUAGUUGGCCAACAAACAAUAUUUGGUUGGAUCCUGUCGGGUCCACUCAAACUUCAAAGUUGUUCAUCAACUAAGAAGCGACGCAAUCACCACAAAAUUGAGAGUCGUCUUCAACGGAUCAAGUCCGAGCUCAUCAGGGAUAUCUCUAAAUGA